AUGACAAACCAAUCUGACAUUCAUAUCUCAGAGCGUCACCCGAGCCUGGAUGAAUUACCCAAACCUCCCUUUUCGAAGCAUUGCAAUUGGUUGGAAAGAAAUCUACUUCUCUUGCUGACCAUUCUUGGAGUUAUUCUGGGUGCUGUGUUCGGUUGUCUUCUACGCAUGGUUCCUGACCUGGGGCCCAACUUCGUCCUCCUUGUCUCCUUCCCUGGUGACAUCCUCAUGCGAAUGCUCAAGAUGUUGAUUCUCCCACUCGUCAUCUCCAGUCUGAUCUCAGGGCUUGCGAGCCUUGAUGCCAAAUCAAGUGGGAGGAUGGGCUCCCGGGCCUUGGUGUAUUACAUGUCCACGACGGUCAUUGCUACUGCUCUCGGUGUGGUUCUGGUGAUUGCCAUCCACCCUGGCAACCAAAAGCUCAAGAAGUCAAUGACCGUGAUAUCCAGGAACCCCGAAGUGUCAAGUUUGGACGCCUUCCUGGAUCUCAUACGGAAUCUGUUCCCGGAAAACCUUGUUCAAGCAUGUUUCCAACAGGUGCAGACAGUAUCAAAGAAGGUUCUAGUCUCUCUCCCUGAUGACGUCAAGUUGGACAACUCAACCCAAGCGGUCACAUCGAAUGUUUCCUUCCCAAAUGGGACCCUGCCUGCUGCCAAUGCCCGGCAGAUCUUCAUAACGAAGAAACAACUGGAGCUCAAAUGGGGGAUGAAUGUUCUAGGACUGAUUGGAUUCUUCAUUGCGUUUGGGAUAUCCAUGGGGAAGAUGGGUGAAAGGGCACAUAUCAUGGCUGAGUUCUUCAACGUUCUCAAUGAAAUCAUCAUGAAGCUGGUUUCAAUGAUCAUGUGGUACUCUCCGUUGGGAAUCGCCUCCCUGAUCUGUGGGAAGAUCGCAGCCAUCAAGGACCUGGAGGUGGUUGCCCAGCAGCUCGGCAUGUACAUGGUGACAGUGAUGGUGGGCCUUGUUAUUCACGGCACCCUCAUUCUCCCCUCCAUCUAUCUCCUCAUCACCAAGAAGAACCCACUCACCUUCUACGGUGGGAUAUUUCAGGCUUGGAUCACAGCUCUCGGCACUGCCUCAAGUGCAGGUACUCUACCGGUGACCUUUCGCUGUCUCGAAGAAAACCUGCAUAUCGACAAAAGGGUGACUCGGUUUGUGCUGCCUAUUGGUGCUACCAUAAACAUGGAUGGCACGGCAUUGUAUGAAGCGGUGGCGGCCAUCUUUAUUGCCCAGAUGAAUGGGAUCACGCUGGACCCUGGGCAGAUAAUCACAGUCAGCCUGACCGCCACUCUGGCAAGUGUUGGAGCGGCCAGUAUUCCCAGUGCUGGUCUCGUCACAAUGCUGCUGAUCCUCACAGCCGUGGGUCUUCCAACUGAGGACGUCAGCUUGCUCAUUGCUGUCGAUUGGCUCCUCGAUCGUAUGAGGACAUCGGUGAACGUGGUUGGUGACUCAUUCGGAGCUGGGAUAGUCCACGAUCUCUCCAAACUAGAAUUGGCAGCCAUCGAUGCCCAGCACGCAGAUCAAAACGAUUUGGAAAUGGUCAAGCUCCGGCCAUCGCUUGACAACGAGAAGAUCUACAAGAUGGAGAUUACACCUCUGCUUCCCUACGCAGGAUAUAACUCAAUACCAACUAUCGAUUACGAAACCACAGACAUCAAGAAUGAUGGCUCCGACCAGGAUGACAAUGAGCCAGGAGAACUGAAGGAACCCGAAGAAUUGAGUAACAAAGAGACAAAAAAAACUACCUAA